GUGGGCGCUCCAAACGGGUGGUACCGUCUCUUCCUCUCCACGCGGUGGACCUGGCCGGUCGGCCUCAACUGCUUGCGCUGAGCGAUGCCGGGCAAACUCCUCAGUGACGCGGACUUGGACUCAGACACGGCCAUGGAAAAAGUGGAAAUACCGCGAAAGCAGAAAGGUAGAAAAGAGAAGCCAAAAUCUAAUAAGACUGAAGAGGCAACAGAAGUAAAGGAAGAAAUUAUUUCCCCCAAAGCUAAAAAAGUUAAAAAGAAAGCCGAGUCUAAUGAGGUUGACUUGAGUUCUCCUAAAUCCAAAAAGGCAAAAAAGAAAGAGGAGCCAUCUCAGGAUAAUAUGAUUUCUCCUAAAACCAAAAGUGUGAAAAAACCAAAGGAGACCGUCGAAAAGAAAGUUGUUUCUCCUAAAAUCAAAAAGGCAGUAAAAAGUGAAGAACCUUCUGAAGAAGAAAUAGAUGCUCCUAAGCCCAAGAAGAUGAAGAAAGAAAAGGAAAUGAAUGGAGAAAUUAGAGAGAAAAGCCCCAAACUGAAGAAUGGAUUCCCUCAUUCUGGACCUGUCUCCAACUCCAGUGAAACCCCAGGGGAAGAAAGUAACAGUGAAGUAGAGCAGGAAGUACCUGUGGAGCAAAAAGAAGGAGCUUUCUCUAAUUUUCCCAUAUCUGAACAGACUAUUAAACUUCUCAAAGCCCGUGGGGUGACCUUCCUGUUUCCUAUACAAGCAAAGACAUUUCACCAUGUCUAUAGUGGAAAAGACUUAAUUGCACAGGCACGGACAGGAACUGGGAAGACAUUCUCCUUUGCCAUCCCUUUGGUUGAGAAGCUUCAGGGAGAACUGCAAGACCGGAAAAGAGGCCGUGCCCCUCAGGUGCUGGUUCUUGCACCCACGAGGGAGUUGGCAAAUCAAGUAAGCAGAGACUUCAGUGACAUCACAAGAAAGCUGGCAGUGGCUUGUUUUUAUGGUGGAACUCCCUAUGGAGGUCAGAUUGAACGCAUGCGGAAUGGGAUUGAUAUCCUGGUUGGGACCCCAGGUCGAAUCAAAGACCACCUACAGAAUGGCAAGCUGGAUCUCACCAAACUUAAGCAUGUUGUCCUGGAUGAAGUUGACCAGAUGCUGGAUAUGGGGUUUGCUGAUCAAGUGGAAGAGAUUUUAAGUGUGGCAUACAAGAAAGAUUCAGAAGACAAUCCCCAAACAUUGCUUUUUUCUGCCACUUGCCCUCAUUGGGUAUAUAAUGUUGCUAAGAAAUACAUGAAAUCUACAUAUGAACAGGUGGACCUGAUUGGUAAAAGGACCCAGAAGACGGCAAUAACUGUGGAGCACCUGGCUAUUAAGUGCCACUGGACUCAAAGGGCAGCAGUUAUUGGGGACGUGAUCCGAGUAUAUAGCGGUUUUCAGGGGCGCACUAUCAUCUUCUGCGAAACCAAGAAAGAAGCCCAGGAGUUGUCGCAGAACGUGGCCAUAAAACAGGAUGCCCAGUCAUUACAUGGAGAUAUUCCUCAGAAGCAGAGAGAAAUCACUUUGAAAGGCUUUAGAAAUGGUGAUUUUGGAGUUCUGGUUGCAACCAAUGUUGCCGCUCGUGGGUUAGACAUCCCUGAGGUUGAUCUGGUUGUACAGAGUUCUCCACCAAAGGACGUGGAGUCCUACAUUCAUCGUUCUGGGAGGACAGGUAGAGCUGGAAGGACUGGGAUUUGCAUCUGCUUUUAUCAGCACAAGGAAGAAUAUCAGUUAGCACAAGUGGAGCAAAAAGCGGGAAUUAAAUUUAAGCGAAUAGGGGUUCCUUCUGCAACAGAGAUAAUAAAAGCUUCCAGCAAAGAUGCCAUCAGGCUUUUGGAUUCUGUGCCUCCCACUGCCAUCAGUCACUUCAAGCAGUCCGCAGAGAAGCUGAUAGAGGAGAAGGGAGCCGUGGAGGCCUUGGCAGCAGCUCUGGCCCACAUUUCAGGAGCCACGUCGGUGGACCAGCGCUCUCUGAUCAACUCAGACGCAGGCUUUGUGACCAUGAUCUUACGAUGCUCAAUUGAAAUGCCAAACAUUAGUUAUGCUUGGAAAGAGCUUAAAGAGCAGCUGAGUGAGGAUAUUGAUUCCAAAGUGAAAGGAAUGGUUUUUCUCAAAGGAAAGCAGGGUGUUUGCUUUGAUGUCCCUACUGCAGCAGUAACAGAAAUACAGGAAAAAUGGCAUGAUUCACGGCGCUGGCAGCUCUCGGUCGCCACGGAGCAGCCAGAGCUGGAAGGACCACGGGAAGGAUAUCGAGGCUUCCGGGGGCAGCGAGAAGGCAGUCGAGGGUUCCGGGGACAGCGGGAAGGCAGUCGUUUUAGAGGACAGCGGGAAGGAAACAGAAACUUCAGGGGACAGCGGGAAGGAAAUCGAGGCUUCAGAGGACAGCGAUCAGGAGGUGGCAACAAAAGUAACAGAUCCCAAAACAAAGGCCAGAAGCGGAGUUUCAGUAAAGCAUUCGGACAGUAAUUUGAAGUAGAGGAUUUAUGCAGCAACAUGGAACCGAACACUCAUUUUCCUACAAGGUGAAAAGCACAUGGGUUUCCUUCCUGACCACUUGCCUUGUCCCCAUCUCUCCCAGAGAGACAAGCUUUGUGGAAAUUAUUUCAUCUGAUGAUAAUCACUUAUAAUGAUUGCAACUUCUGUAUCCAGUUUCUUUUUUGAAAAGGUGUAUGAAUUCAUUACAUUUUUAUUCUGAUACAUUGUCUCUAGAUUAUAAGAUAAAAAUCAA